GCAGCCCCACUUCCCCGACGCCUACUGUAACCUGGCCAACGCCCUCAAGGAGAAGGGCAAUGUAAGGAAGAACACGGUGUGUGUGUCCCAGCAGUGAGACUGCUCCAUUAUUCUGCAUCCCUACUGCCAGUGUGAGAGGCAUGGCGGUCCCAGCAGGCUGCAGCAGUUGUUUGUCUGUGCCCCGUGCAUGCCAUGCCUGUAGUGCCAAUUAAGGAGAUGAGGGGGGGGGGUCUUCUCCACAUAUACAGAGAGGGGCUCAGACUGGGUGGGGUUAGAUGGAUGUGCAUGACACACUGGUCUUCUAGAUUCUGUUUCAUGCUUGUGAGGCCACCCCUUUCAACACUACUCCAGACAAAUAUUAUUUUGGGAUGCGUAAGUGUCCCCUGUUCAGCUACAAACAGGGUUCCAGCUGUCAGUUAGCAGUGUUUGUGUAGCUGUUGUCUCUGUUGCGGUCUCCCUUUCGGUUAGCCCUCUCUGGGGCUUGGCGUCUGUCUGUCUGUACGAAAACGUGAGUGUGUGUCUGUCUGUAUCUGUGAACGUGUGUCUGUUUCCCAGGUAUCCGAGGCUGAGGAGUGUUACAACACGGCCCUGCGUCUGUGUCCCACCCACGCCGACUCUCUCAACAACCUGGCCAACAUCAAGAGGGAGCAGGGUAACAUCGAGGACGCCGUCCAGCUCUACAGGAAAGCCCUAGAGGUGAGAUGGAGAACCACACCAAGAAGGACAACUAUGGCAGAAUGCUCAUAGAAAGCGUUGAAAGUAGGAUUGAAAAGUUGUUUCCGCAGGUCGCAAAAAGCUAAAUUCAGCAUGACACGAGCUGAAUUAAAUGUAAAAGGCUUUGAAAAUAAAAAGCUUGGUAUGUGCUCCAUUGACAUUUCACAUCAUGGGCUUGUUUUUGUGAGAAGAAUUCGAAGAAGAACAGGAAUUUCGCAUUAAUAUGAAAAGCGUAUACUAAAAUAUGGAAAUACGUCUCAACAUCAUCUUGCCUCUAUUUGUUGUGUCCUUUGGAUUGGAGAAGACAGAAGACUAGUUCAACGGUGAGCUGUCAGGUAGCCUUCAUUCUGCCUAGCUGAUGCCAUGCAAUUUCCCAGAUUUAUUUUAUGAUUUUCUUACCACUUUUUCCUCUGGCCUUGAUUUAGUCACCCUGAUUCUGGCCUUGAUUUAGUCACCCUGAUUCUGGCCUUGAUUUAGUCACCCUGAUUCUGGCCUUGAUGCUACAAGGGUGAAAACUCCAAUCGCUAUUCAACAGAUUGUGAUAGAGACAUGAGGUUUGGACCAUUAGUUUUCAUAGAGGAUUAGCUACACAGUUGACAUACUUUUUUACAUAUUGGUCAAAUGAUGCGUUUGUGAUUGGACACCCUAUAACCUGUGUGGUUGGUGUUUUCCGUGGCCCACUCUGACCUGGCCAGUGUCCUGUUGUAAUAUGUAUUCUAACCUGUGUGUUUUUUAUGUUGUCUUCAGGUGUUUCCAGAGUUUGCAGCGGCCCACUCUAACCUGGCCAGUGUUCUGCAGCAGCAGGGGAAACUCCAGGAGGCCCUCAUGCACUACAAGGAGGCCAUCAGGUUAGCAGACUGACACCCCUCUCUCUCCGCUCCUCCCCCUGCCCCUCUCUCUCGCCCUCUCUCUCUCUCGCCCUCUCUCUCUCUCGCCUCUCUCUCGCCUCUCUCUCUCCCUCGCCCUCUCUCUCUCUCGCCCUCUCUCUCUCGCCCUCUCUCUCUCUCGCCCUCUCUCUCUCUCGCCCUCUCUCUCUCUCUCCCUCUCUCGCUCUCUCUCUCGCGCCUCUCUUCUCUCUGAAUCAGUUGUGGUUUGACAAUCCAGACACACUUUUUUAGGGAUGGUGUUUUCAAGGAACUAAAUCUAGUUGAUAGAUUUGCAUCCUACUGAAUUGUUUGUGUGUGUCUGUAGAAUCAGCCCUACGUUUGCUGAUGCCUACUCGAACAUGGGCAACACUCUGAAGGAGAUGCAGGAUGUCCAGGGAGCGUUACAGUGCUACACCAGAGCCAUCCAGAUCAACCCUGCCUUUGCUGAUGCUCACUCUAACCUGGCCUCCAUACACAAGGUAACUUUCAUCUGCCACGUCUGUCAUAACCCCGAAUCCUAGAUCAGACCUACAGACGUGCAGUGAAGUCGAUUGGCAUUACUCCUCUUCUGUCACUGAUAUUCCGCAGGGCCAAAUUCACCUAUGGUCUGCAAUUUAUUUAAUUCAUGAAAAUAUUAAAAUGCAUGUAUUUAUAAAGGAAGUUGUCUUCAUGAUUCUAUUAAUAUAAUUAUAUUAUUGUGUCCCCUCCCCUCAGGACUCUGGUAACAUCCCAGAAGCCAUUGCUUCUUACCGUACAGCCCUGAAACUGAAGCCUGACUUCCCUGAUGCCUACUGCAACCUGGCACACUGCCUGCAGGUACACACACACUGCUGAACACACACACUAGUCUCCCGUGUCAAGUUACUGCAGAUAAACUUGAGGCCAAAUCCUGAUUUGAGACUCAGCUGUAACUGGAGUAUAAAUCAUGUAUUGAUGUGAGACAUUGCGAGAGAGAGAACACAAGUAAGGCCGAAGAGUUACUGCGCUUGGAUUACAUUUCUGUGAUUACGCUUCAGACUGCCUCGCAAACUUCUCUUCCACAAACACACUCACAACUGUCUCUUCUCGCCGCUCUCCCCAGAUUGUGUGUGACUGGACGGACUAUGAUGAGCGUAUGAAGAAGCUGGUGAGCAUCGUGGCUGACCAGUUGGAUAAGAACCGUCUGCCCUCGGUGCACCCCCACCACAGCAUGUUAUACCCGCUCUCUCACGGCUUCCGCAAGGCCAUCGCUGAGAGGCACGGCAACCUCUGUCUGGACAAGGUACAGGCCCUCAUCAAAGCAAGUACAGUAUUGACCUUUUAUUCAGGUGAAGGUUGGGCUGGGAUGCUUGCAUGGUGAAGGGUAAACGGUAAGGUGGGAUGGCUUGAAGUUACUCGUCUGGUACAUUUUAAGGAAGCUUAUUAGGCCCGUAGUCUUUUAUUUAGUUAAAAAUAAUCUGUAAAAAGCAGCCUUAGAUGGGGUGGUUGGGUUGCUUGCAGGGUAAAGAGGUUGGUUGGCUCAUAGAUGGGUUAGUUAAGUCUAUGGGUUUGGGUGGUUAGUUAGGACAGGUUCAGGCUAGUUGUAACUGUGUUAUGGACGAGGGAUCUGGUUUUAAUCUGCCUUGUCUAGUUGGACCACCUGAAAGGAGCUAGGUUUAUAGUCAUUAUCUGACAGGCUAUGAUGUUCCAAUGUCCAUACUAGUGAUCAUUCUAAGUAGGAUGCUAGUGUAGAUUUUGGAUGAGAGCCUUGGGCUGUGUCUCACAUGGCACCCUUUUCAUUACAUAGAGCACUACUUUUAGAUAAAAGUAGUGCACUAUAUAGGGAAUAGGGUGACAUUUUGAACACAGCCUAGUUUAUAAGCUGUGAUAUAGUCUAAUGUCCCCCCCCCCCCCCCCCCCCCCCCCGGUACCACCACAGAUCAAUGCGCUCCACAAGCCGGCCUUUGAGUACCCCAAGGACCUGAAGGCCAGUGCGGGUCGUCUGAGGGUGGGAUAUGUCAGCUCUGACUUCGGGAACCACCCCACCUCCCACCUCAUGCAGUCCAUCCCCGGCAUGCACAACUCUGAGCAGUUUGAGGUGAGGGUUUCCUUCUGUUGUGACUCAUUACCACUACAGAUGAUAUCAGACAGACUGGCAACAACCAAUGAUUUAGAAUGAACUGAUGUGUUUGCAUACCUGGAUUUGAUUGGCAUUUGAACAAAUGUUAUUCUCAAUGUGACUUAACUAAAUAAAUAAUGGAUAAAUUAAAUUGAGGUGUUAUAGUGACCAAACAGUAUAUUUACAUUUUUUUUUAAAAAAAAUCAAAUCAAAAAGCCAUACUGGCCGUGCAGCUGUUCUAACAGUUGGUUGUAACAUGUCUGGUGGUUGUUCUAACAGUUGGUUGUAACAUGUCUGGUGGUUGUUCUAACAGUUGGUUGUAACAUGUCUGGUGGUUGUUCUAACAGUUGGUUGUAACAUGUCUGGUGGUUGUUCUAACAGUUGGUUGUAACAUGUCUGGUGGUUGUUCUAACAGUUGGUGGUAACAUGUCUGGUGGUUGUUCUAACAGUUGGUUGUAACAUGUCUGGUGGUUGUUCUAACAGUUGGUUGUAACAUGUCUGGUGGUUGUUCUAACAGUUGGUUGUAACAUGUCUGGUGGGUUGUUCUAACAGUUGGUUGUAACAUGUCUGGUGGUUGUUUCUAAACAGUUUGGUUUGUAACAUGUCUGGUGGUUGUUCUAACAGUUGGUUGUAACAUGUCCUGGUGGUUGUUCUAACAGUUGGUGGUACAUGUCUGGUGGUUGUUCUAACAGUUGGUUGUAACAUGUCUGGUGGGUUGUUCUAACAGUUGGUUGUAACAUGUCUGGUGGUUGUUCUAACAGUUGGUUGUAACAUGUCUGGUGGUUGUUCUAACAGUUGGUGGUAACAUGUCUGGUGGUUCCUCUCCCCAGGUGUUCUGCUAUGCCCUGAGCCCAGAUGACAACACCAACUUCAGGGUAAAGGUGGUGGCCGAGGCCCAUCACUUCACUGACCUGUCACAGGUGAGUUAACGCAGAUAGACAACUCCAUGUAAGUACUUUUAGUAGUAGUUUCCCUUUCUCUCUCUGUACUGUAGAGCCACAUUCAGCACUUAAGAGUACUUCCUCUCCCUCCAUCUCCACUCCUCCUGUCUCUCUCCUCUGUCAGCUCCCGUGUAACGGUAAGGCAGCAGACAGGAUCCAUCAGGAUGGACUCCACAUCCUGGUCAAUAUGAACGGCUACACCAAAGGAGCCCGCAACGAGCUGUUUGCCCUGCGCCCCGCUCCCAUCCAGGUGAGAUAAAUUAGGCUUUAUUUGGCCAUGUUAGUUUCUAUAAAUUUUACCUCCCUGAGAAAAUUGACGUUUGGCAUCCGAAGGUUUGUAUCCAGAGAGACAGGACUGAUAGUGACUGGCCACUGGUUUGUCAAGAAUAACUGGUUUGUCAUAGUCAGUGCUAAGUGAAACUUCUGUGUCCCCUCUUUAAUGGCUGGGGUACAGGGGCACGGGUGUGGUGCUGCUGGAGAGGCGCUCCCUCACCUUUUUAAAAUUUUGAGCAUACAUGACGCUGGUAAAAAAUAUUUCAGAAAAAUUAUAUUAAAUGACCACAAAUUCCAUGACAAUUAUAGAAUGACAAAUUCAAUAAAUAUGUAGGCUAUAGCAGCCUAUAGGUAGGGAAAUGGUGGUUUAUUCUGUCUGUCUGUCUGGCGGUGGCGAGUGAUUUUUUUAAAUUUUAGGCGUGUGUGCAGAGGCGCGUCGGUCGGAGGCUUGACCACUUUGAGCGGGUCAAAUCUGACCUGACAAGAACAGCCACAGACAGAACUCUACUAAAACGGUUGUCCUCAAAACAGUUUCACUUGGGGCUCAUGUACGACACACUUUAACGCUCCCUGCUGUCCGAGUGCUUAGCUUACAAAAACGCAACACUUCUAUUGCGUAUGCAGACGAACUGAUCCACUGCAUGAAUCUUGUCAUCCCACCAACGCGAUAUAGGAUCCAAAUUCACUGCGUGUCUGCAUUGAUGUUCAUAAAACACCACGGACCCCCCCCCCCCCCCCCCUGCGUUGGAACCCAGAACGAUAUGUGACCACUUGGUUACGGUGUUGUCCUUUCAGCACCACGAUUCGAAGGGCGCUCAAAUCGCUACAAAUAACCCUAGUCAGGAUUUACCUACGCCUAAUAUUCCUCCUUAUCACUUAUUAUAGCCCAACCGAUAUGGAUUUUUUGGGUCUGAUACAGAUUCCGAUUUUUUUUGGGGGGGGGCAAUUUACCGAUACGAUACAGUGCCUUAGGGAAAGUAUACCCCUUGACUCUUUCCACAUUUUAUUACGUUAGACUCAUUUUUUUUUAUUAAAUUUUUUUUGUGCAAUAUACACACACAAUACCCCAUAAUGACAGUGGAAACAGUUUUUCAGAAAUUUUUGCACGUGUAUUUAAAAACAAGUAUUCACUCCCUUUGCUAUGAGACUUGAAAUUGAGUUCCGGUGUAUCCUAUUUCCAUUGAUCAUCCUUGAUCUUUCUACAACUUGAUUGGAGUCCACCUGUGGUAAAUUCAAUUGAUUGGACAUGAUUUGUAAAGGCACACACCUGUCUAUAUAAGGUCCUACAGUUGACAGUGCAUGUCAGAGCAAGAACCAAGCCAAGGGGUCGAAGGGAUUGUCCGUAGAACUCCGAGACAGGAUUGUGGCCAAGGUUCUCUGGUCUGACGAAACCAAGAUUGAACUCUUUGGCCUGGAUGCCAAGCGUCACGUCUGGAGGAAACCUGGCACCGUCCCUACGGUGAAGCUUGGUGGUGGCAGCAUCAUGCUGUGGGGAUGUUUUUCAGCAGCAGGGACUGGGAGACUAGUCAGGAUCAAGAUGAACGGAGCAAAGUACAGAGAUCCUUAACUUGCUCCAGAGCGCUCAGGACCUCAACCCUAAGCACACAGCCAAUACAAUGCAGGAGUGGAUUCGGAACAAGUCUCUGAAUGUCCUUGAGUGGCCCAGCCAGAGUCCAGACUUGAAACCAAUCGAACAUCUCUGGAGAGAGCUGAAAAUAGCUAUGCAGCAACGCUCCCCAUCCAACCUGACAGAGCUUGAGAGGAUCUGCAGAGAAGAAUGGAAGAAACUCUCCAAUGCAGGUGUGCCAAGCUUGUAGCGUCAUACCCAAGACUUGAUGCUGUAAUCGCUGCCAAAGGUGCUUCAAAGUACUAAGUAAAGGGUCUGAAUACUUAUGUAACUGUAAUAUUUCAGUUUCUUAUUUUUAAUAAAUUAGCAACACAUUCUAAACCUGUUUUUGCGUUGUCAUUAUGGGGUGUUGUGUGUAGAUUGAGGGGGGACAUACAUUUUUUUUUAAAUAAUUUUAGAAUGAGGUUGUAACGUAAGAAAAUUUGGAAAAAGUCAAAGGGUCUGAAUACUUUUUUUUUUUUAUAUUUUACAGCGAGGAAAUGGAAAAGUGACAUUUUUCCACACGGUUCUCAUAAAUUACCAUCCAAAUUCCCAAUUGUCAAAAACACGCUUCAAAUGUUGAAAUCUUACAAUGUGACAAUUUUAAUUCAUCUGUUAUCGGUGGAAUUAUCCUUCGGUAAAAGGCCAAUAUCAGCUGCCGAUAAUAUAUCAGUUGGGCUCUGCUUUAUGAUGAUUAUUAUUAGAAAUAGAAGAUUGUCACUUCUCACGAACUGUGCUUGUUUAGUAGGCCUAAAGUUAGAUCAAAGCUGAAUCAAUGUCUCGCAAGAUCGCAUAAUGAUUCAUUUGUAUCUUACAUAGCCUAACAGAACCGAAAUAAAGUCACUGUAGCAUAUUAGGCCUAUAAUGUUACACCAUAAACACCUGUCAUUUCUUAUCCGAAGCUGAAUAGUCAAAAAAAUAUAUAUAAUCCUCAUGCAGCCAAAACUCAAUAGCGUGCGCCACUGACAGAACAGUGAAUUAGAUGUUUCGCUGGAUGUUUCAAUCUGAAGCGUCUGCUUGGCAUUUCCACUCACCACCAAAUAUGUUAAUGAGGAAGCCCAGUGGGAAAAGAUGAUUUUUGACCUACAUUCUGCCAAAAAAAUUUUUGUUGAUUUUCUCAAUAUAUUUCUGUUUCCAAAACGAGAAUCUUUAACAGAGUGGAGAGUAAGUUUUGUAACGUUUACCCUUUUUGCUAAUGUUUUGUACACCGUGUGCCUUGAAACAAAAAUAUGCUUACAAGAAAGUCUAAUAGUUUAACACCAUCUGCUUUAAUUUGCUCACGAAACAACAGUAAUUCAAAAAGAUUUAACUGCAUAUUCCCAUGAACGUGGUUGAGAUCAAAUGAUUGGCAGGCAUGCAGUUAAAAUGUGAAGAAUUAUCAUCCACGAUUGACUGUGAUGGCAUAUUUGGAAAUUAGGUAUGCCUAACUUGGUGUUUUUGAGGGUAUUAAAAAUAUAAAAUGUUCUUGAGACGAUAUGUUUGGUCAUAGGCCUAUUCUACAGUGAUAUUCAAUAGGCUACAUCUGUCGGUACAAACUUUGAGAAAUUAUGACGUCAUAAAUAGUGUGUGUGCUCCCUCACCUAAACCACUGCCGGGUGUAAUUUAAUGUCCAAAUAAAGUUCACACUGCCGACUUAUCUCUCCUGCUCAGUGUAUGUGGUUGGGCUACCCGGGAACCAGCGGAGCUCCCUUCAUGGACUACAUCGUGUCAGACAAGGAGACGUCCCCCAUCGAGGUGGCGGAGCAGUACUCUGAGAAACUAGCCUACAUGCCACACACCUUCUUCAUUGGAGACCACGCGAACAUGUUCCCCCACCUCAAGGUGAGAUUCCUGUUUAUCCAGUAAACAAAAGUUUGUUGACGUGUGGCAUGAUUGAACCAUAUUAUGCAGUGAUUGGUUGAAAUUGCAAGCCCUUUUCUUGUUCUGCGGUAAUGGGUCAGUUUUUUGCGAUUUGAAUGUUUUGUGCGAAAAAUCUAACACCACCAUACAAAUCCAUCAUUUUUUAAACUAGAGAUCUGUUUUUUUAAAUUGGAUGCGUCUCAAUCCACCGCAUCCACCUAUGUCUCACUACCGCGUCUGUGAUGGAAGGUGACAGAGCUAGAGCGGUGUUUGUCAGACCAUGAGACAUCCCAAAAAUCGGUCUUCUCACAAAAUCGUCUGUAGCAUCCGAACAGUCUGGGCUGCACACUAAUAUGACCCCUUUGUGGUGAAACUCUUACGAACGCAUACAUGUCUGUUGUUUUGCUCUAGGACGCCCAAGGGCCUCACAAGACUCGUCUGAAGGUCCCCCGGUACCAGUUGAAAGAAUGAAUGGAAUUAUAUAUGGAGAAUGUUUAGUGCCAAAAAUAAGGGGUUAAAUACAUGUAAAAACUAAAACAAAUGUUCUAUUCCAUGUAGGGAAUCUGUUAUUCAAUGAGCUUGUAUGGAUUAAUGGCAGUAAGGCCAAAUACAUUAUUUAAAAAAUAUAUAUAUAUAUUUGAUGCUUCAAUGGGUGUUAAAAUUCUAAAUCAAAUGGCGAAUCGAUCUUUGGUAUGACUUUCUUAAAACAAUUCCAUAUAGCAUAGUAGAACCCCCUCCCUCGGCUGAGACUGUUUAGUGUCUCCAAAUAAGAGGUAAAAAAAAAGUUUCCUGAUCUUAUCUCUCAGAUAUAGGACACACUUCAGAACAAACUUCCUUUAGAUUUUUUUUGGGGGGGACUAUCGGUUUAGCUCCCCCUUGUGUGCUAUGCCGGGAAUAUUGUAAAUCCUGGGCUGAGAGAGGGUCGGAAUAAAAAUCUGGAUACUGCCCAUCCUAGCUGCUAUUUGUAUAGAAAGCAGUUCUCCAGAAACUCCUAUACUACCUCACCUCACUUCUUGAUUGGAAAUCCAGACACACUCGCUCUCAAGACUUGCUGGUUCUAGAGGUUUCUCUGGUCUCCACAGAGUCCAGGAAGAUUGCCUUUAGUUAUUGUGACCCUAGCGCAUGGAAUGACCUGCAGGCCACUUUGAGGCUUGACUCUGGUCUCAGUCAGUUUGGGACUUUAGAUGAGGAACGUGGCGAAGGAGAACUGCACUUGUUUUUAUGUGAAAUAUCUCUUUUGAAUUAGAUUUGUUGAAAUGUGAAAGUGUAAAUUGAUAGCUUGUUGAGACUGAUUAUGUUGAUUAAUUGUUCCCAGGGCACCCUUGUAAAUGAGAUUAUGGUCUCAAUGGGUUUCCCCUGGUAAAAAAAAAUAAAUAAACUGACAUUGAUCUGAAAGAAAAAUGACAAGCUUUGAUGAAUGCUUUUUAGAUCUACGACUCUGACUUGGUUUCCUGGAACGACACUUGACAUACAGUUCACCUCUUCACCUCGGUAAUCUUGUUUUAUUUUCUUCAACAGAAAAAGGCGGUGAUUGACUUCAAGUCCAACGGCCACAUCUUUGACAACCGCAUCGUUCUGAAUGGCAUCGACCUCAAGGCCUUCCUGGACAGCCUGCCUGACGUUAAGGUGGUCAAGGUGAGUCAGUGAAAUGGUGAAUAGCCCUAACCCUUCCUGGACAGCCUGCCUGAGGUCAAGGUGAGACAUGGGGAAUAUUCGGUGACCAUAUUUCCAUUUGACUAGGACCAUCAACUAUUGGAAAGGUACCCCCAUUGUCUAUUCCUUUUAUUUUUUUAUUUUUUUCGAAUUUUUUAAACUCCUUUAUCCUCCUGAAAAUAAGAUGCAAAUGCUUUGUAAAUCACUCCUUCCUUCCCUUUUUGUCUCCUUCUCUCCAGAUGAAGUGUGCCAGUGGGGACAGUGGAGUAGCAGAAACCAACGGGGCUCUGUCCAUGCCUGUCAUCCCCAUGAACACAGCAGCUGAGGCCAUCAUCAACAUGAUCAACCAGGGACAGAUUCAGGUCACCAUCAACGGAUUCACCGUCAGCAAUGGACUGGCCACCACACAGGUACUGGAGGGGGACACACUGAGGAAAUGGAUAAGAAUGAAUACCAGGUUGUUAUUUUGCUGGUUGAAUGAAGCAGGGAGGUACCUGUAUGGUUGACCUUUGAUCCCAGCCAUGUGACAUAAUGAAGCAGGGAGGUACCUGUAUGGUUGACCUUUGAUCCCAGCCAUGUGCCAUAAUGAAGCAGGGAGGUACCUGUAUGGCUGACCUUUGAUCCCAGCCAUGUGACAUAAUGAAGCAGGGAGGUACCUGUAUGGCUGACCUUUGAUCCCAGCCAUGUGACAUAAUGAAGCAGGGAGGUACCUGUAUGGCUGACCUUUGAUCCCAGCCAUGUGACAUAAUGAAGCAGGGAGGUACCUGUAUGGCUGACUUUUGAUCCCAGCCAUGUGACAUGAAUGACUACAGUCUGUAGUGUUCCAUCUCCAUGUUUACUGUGUUUUCAGAUACUUCCAGUGGAGGAGGUUGUAGUGUCAGGGGUUGUAACCCUCCAGGUAUGGGGCACACAGACUGGCUAGUACUGGAGAAACACAUUGGGUCACUUGCAUGUCUACUUUUGGGAUUUGACACCUGGGAAAAUGGUUCCAGUACUGUAGUCUGUUUUUGCAGCUCUGAGACAGAACAAGGGUGUAUGGGAAAUGUUUUCACUAUGAACUGGCCUCUCCUCUGCCCCCCCUCUCUCUCCUCCUUUCUCUCUCUCUCUGGUCAUAAUAAAUAUCUCCAUCAUAACCACCACCUUGUCCUCCCAUCUCAGAUCAACAACAAGGCAGCUACAGGAGAGGAGGUUCCUCGUACCAUCGUCGUGACAACCCGCUCCCAGUACGGCCUGCCUGAAGACUCCAUAGUCUACUGCAACUUCAACCAGCUCUACAAGAUCGACCCCCCCACCCUGCAGAUGUGGGCCAAUGUAAGCCUCAAGCUAGAAAACACUUUCUCAAUGCUCCAUGAUCCUGUUGUCUGAGAAGAUGUGUAUGUUUCUUCAGGAAUUCCUCUCUUCCCUGACUCACAGGGUGAAAUGGCACCCUAGUCCCUAUGUGAUAGUGCACUAGCUUUUGACCAGGCCCUAUGCUCUGGUCAAAAGUAGUGCACUAUAUAGGGAAUAUGGGCCUUGGUCAACAGUAGUGCUGUUUCAGACACACAAGCACCUCUUACCUUACGGAUCUCCUCUCCUGUAGAUCCUGAAGCGUGUUCCCAACAGUGUUCUGUGGUUGCUGCGUUUCCCUGCGGUGGGCGAGCCCAACAUCCAGCAGUACGCCCAGAACUUCGGCCUGCCCGCCUCCCGCAUCAUCUUCUCUCCCGUGGCGCCCAAGGAGGAGCACGUGAGACGGGGCCAGCUGGCUGACGUGUGUCUGGACACGCCACUCUGUAACGGACACACCACUGGCAUGGAUGUCCUCUGGGCCGGGACACCCAUGGUUACCAUGCCAGGUGAAACAGAGACCUUUCCUCCUAAAGUGUGCACUCGUUCACUAUUCUCCACAAAUCAAAAAAGUGUUGGAUUGGUGUUGACGUGGGCUAGAGGAAUUUCUAUAUCCCAGUCAUUUCCUUUCGAACCUGGGAAGGGAACAAAUGCACACUAUGGAGAAAGGCGAGAUAAUUGGGAUGCACUGUUCUGUAGUAAGUGGCGUGUGAACGACAGGUCGGUCUUUAAAUGUCAUGUGUGCCCGUACAGGUGAGACCCUGGCGUCACGCGUGGCAGCCUCUCAGCUGCAGUGUCUGGGCUGUCCUGAGCUCAUCGCCCACACCAGACAGGAGUAUGAGGACGUGGCCGUCAAACUGGGCUCUGACAUGGAAUAGUAAGAAGCUCCUGAGUAACACACAUACUCCAGCUAGCUCUGUCUGUCUGGCUGUGUGUCUGUCUCUCUCUCGCUCUGUGUCUGUCUCUCUCUCGCUCUGUGUGUCUGUCUCUCUCUCGCUCUGUGUGUCUCGCUCUGUGUGUCUCGCUCUGUGUGUCUCUCUUCUCACCAUUGCUGUAACUGACCCCCUCUCCUCUCCCCAGUCUGAAGAUGACCCGGUCCCGUGUGUGGAAGCAGCGUAUCUGCAGCCCUCUGUUCAACACCAAGCAGUACACUAUGGAUCUGGAGAAGCUCUACCUGCAGAUGUGGGAGCGCCACGCCAGCGGAGGCAAGCCAGACCACCUGGUCAAUCUGCAGCCCAUCGAGAGCAGCGAGAGCGUCUGAAGUCCCAGACCCAGGGUGGGUCCCAAAUGGCACCCGAUUCCCUAUUUGGAACUCUGACCCCCAUUCGCCCCUAACCCACCACUCUGCCCCUCCUGUCCAAAGCCUAGCGCCUAUCUGCUCCCCUUCAACCCUGCUUCCCUCCCCUGUGACUUGGACUCUUGUCUGUUGUAGAGCCUGCAGGUGUGUCCCCCUCCCUCCUUCACUCUAGUCAUCAUAUCCCAUCUAUCUGUUUCCCUGAGCCAGGCUGAGCCAGAACCACUCUGCUCUUCACCUGAGACUCUUUCCCCAAACCACAGCAUCCACACUGGAUAUGAGAGGAGGAACACCCCCUCUCCCGCCAUCAGCGCCUGGAAGUGACUCCCCAUGGCUUUUUCUCUUCUCUCUCUCUCUCUCUCUCUCUGUGUGUGUGUAUGGGACUCGUUAGGGCUUUGAGGUUUGAGAGCCAGUCCCAAACCUCCAUGCAGCAGUUUGAUCUCCAUGUAAUAAUUGAAUCUGGAAUAAGAGGUUGAUGUAAGAGUAUAUAAAGGGACUGUUGCACCACAGUCUGAACAUCUAGUGAUUUAACUCUUGUCUUGAACUAAAAACAUUUGAAUCCGCUUAAAGUUGUCUUUAGUUUGCAGCUGCUCUUGGUUUUUCUCUUCUGUUAUGCUAUUGGUAACUGCCAGGAUAAGAGUAGAUAGAUUCAUUAUCAGAUUUCGGAGAGAAACAUCAUAACCACUCCCUUCCCCCACCACCAAAUGCCAACUUAAGGAUUUUGUCAAUGUAAGAAAACCAAACUCAAUGGCUUUGUUUGAUGUCACGCACUAUGCUUGUUAAGACCAGGACCGUAUGGAUAAACUGAACAGACAGGAGUUUGUCAGUACUACCCAUUGGAAAAGCCCUGUAUUUCUGUCACCCUUAAUUAUACCCUCCCCUCUCCCCAAGUAAUGAUUGAUUAUCACUCAAACCAGGAAUGGCCUAGGUAAGUAUUUUAGAAGCAGUUUUUGUUUUGUACUCGUCUUUGUUUUAUUGAUGCUCAGUCUGGUAUGCUGCAAGGCUCUGACUCCAUUCAUGUUGAAAUAAAGAAAUACGGCAAA